GGCAGUGACGUCACGGCCAGCCUCUCUCUCUCUCCCUCUCACACAGUCCCUUCCUGCUGCAUCACAACAGUCGCUAGUGGAUCGGGUAACACUGAGCUAUUUCCACUGCCUUGUGGAGUUUUUAUUUCAAUAAAUGUAACAGAAGUCCUCAUCGACAGCCUCAACCGUCAAGCCCGUCAGCGUCAGUUCGAGCGGACGUCAGAGCAGCAGUCGACUCGUUUGAAGCAGUGGGAGAUGGCCAGGCCAGAGCAGGUCCUGCUUCUUGAACCGCAGCACGAACUGAGGUUCCGAGGUCCAUUUACAGAUGUGGUGACCACCACUCUAAAGCUUGCUAACCCCACAGACAGAAGUGUGUGCUUUAAAGUAAAGACGACUGCACCGCGUCGAUACUGUGUGCGGCCAAACAGCGGAGUGAUUGAUGCCGGAACCUCGAUCAACGUCUCUGUGAUGCUGCAACCGUUCGAUUAUGAUCCGAAUGAGAAAAGCAAACACAAGUUUAUGGUGCAGUCUCUGCUGGCCCCGCCUGACAUGACCGACACUGAGGGAGUGUGGAAGGACGCCAAACCUGAGGAUCUGAUGGACUCCAAGCUGAGAUGUGUCUUUGAGAUGCCUGCUGAAAAUGAGAAAACACAUGAAAUGGAAAGCAAUAAGAUAUCCUCCAGUCUCUCAAAGUCGGAAUCAUCCACAUUGUCUAUGAAGUCCAUGCCCUCCAGUCUGGAUGAUGGAGAGGUGAAGAAGAUCAUGGAGGAAUGUAAAAGACUGCAGAUGGAGGUGCAGCGGCUACGAGAGGAGAACAAACAGAUCAGGGAAGAUGAUGGUCUUCGGAUGAGGAAGAGCACAGUAAUGUCUGCUCCGCACUCAUCUCCAGCGGUGAGAGUGAAGGAGGAGGGGCUGAGCGCCAGGGUGAUCGCUCUAAUUGUGCUGUUUUUUGUCGUGGGUGUCAUCGUAGGGAAGUUGGCCUUGUAAAAUCCAAGAAGGGAGCGCUACAAGCAUGCAUUGCGGAUGAAACAAAAACAAAACAGACAAGUAACCAAUGCAGAAUUUGUUUAAUCCGAAUGCCAUAUCAUUUGGGUAGUUUUGGAUUAGCGAGGUGUGUAAAAUUAAUAAAGUGAUCAAGAAAUUUCAUCUUAUGUGCAAAAAAAAAAAAAAAAAAGAAUAAUAAUAAUAAUCUGACACAGCUCUUGCCUCAAAAUUGUGAAAUCAUUUUGGCCCCUCUUCCUUAAUCAUUUCUGAUGCAAGUUCAAAUGGAUAACAAAUGUCAUAGAUUUUAACCACUAAAAAUGCUGUAGGGAUUUUCUAACACCAGAUGUGCGAUUGAGUUGUGGUAGAGUGAAUGUUGUUUUAUCACUUUUUUUUUUUUCUUCUCAGUGGGUCAGAAGCAAAUUGAAACUGUGUACAAAUGCUAAACGUCUUUGAAAAGUGUCACAUGUGCAUUUAAUUUAUGCAUACCCAAACAUCCUGCGUUAAAGCAGCAUUUCACUGAAGUUCACCCUGUAGAUUUUCAAUCACUGUCCAGGUAAAUGAUAAAACGAGCCUUCUAGUAUCUUCCCCAGUCACACUGGUGUUAAAAUAGCAUGCAUUUGAAAUCUUCCAUCCACUUCUGUUCAGUCCAACUGAUAUGUUUGAGUACCAACAGGUACUAUGAUACAACAUAUAGUUCCUCGGUCACUAAAUAUCCACAUUUUUGUAAAAUGUCAUCACUGUUUCACUUGCAGUCAGCCAAAUGCCAAAUCCACCACAAAGUCUUACUUUUAAGUGGCUUGGGUGACACAAUUUGACUUUUAGGUUAUUAUUGGAAUACAAAUAUCUUUAAUUGACAGCAAGGAAAUGGACUGUUAGUGACAGAUAUUUCAAACUGCUGUUAUUGGGGAAGUGUUGGUGAAACCAUUUGGCCUUUCACCUACUCAUUCAAAACAAUAUUUCUCUGUGAACUGCUGUGUUUUUCAGUAAGGCGCAGGGCUGAUGUCUCUGAAACUUCCGAUGAAGCUUUGCACAAACCGAGUUCCCUGUCAGAAUCAGAAUAGAUUUUUCACCUUUCUUUAUUGUCGUUUUCUUUUGGUAAGGAAUAUGUGCUUGAAUGCAUGGCUCUGUUGAGAGCAAAAAAUACUUUAUAUUUUAUUAAGCUGCUCCAUAGGUGAAAUGUCCUUUUCGGGCCCUUUUAUCACACCUCGGUUUCCAUUCUGCUGCCUGUAGACCGGAGUUAAUUUAUUGAUCAAGUCAUUAUAUACAGUAAUAGUGCAGCUGCUAAGCGUAACUUUUGAUGCACCAUGUACAUGCAACUGGUUGACGGUCUCUCUCCCUAUGAACUUUCUAUCUGAAGAUGCCACGAGGAGAGUUUACCAUCAGGUCCAUAAACACUUUACCCUCCAAAAAAGAACAAAAAAGUAGUUAAAGGUGUAGUUAACCCAGACUUUAACAUUUUGUCAUAAUGUUCACGUUGUAAAAACACAAAAGGAGAUGUUAGGAAUAUCUGCUCUAUUUCCAUAUGAAGGAAAGUAGAUGGUGAUUUAUGCUGCGAAGCAUGAAAAAGCACCAUAUAGGUAUCAUAAAACUCAUCCAAACAUCUUUUGCGCUGUAUUCCAAGUUGUCUAAAGCCAUUUAAAUAGUUUUGCAUUUGGCAUUCAAUGUGAGAUAUUUAUGAGAUUUUGCAGAUGAUAUUCUAUGUUGAUGAGAUUUGGUGUACUGUAUGAAAUGAUACAUUGAGAUUUGAGAGCUCCAAUGUAAAGUUAUAAGUAAAAAAACUUACAUUUCACUCUGUUUUCUACACAAAGGUAUGUAUGACUUUAGUAUGUAGUGCACAGUUCACAUUUAUGGUGUUUUUUGCUUUCUUUUUGUCCUUUUUUGGACCUUUUCAGGAUAAAUUCCCAUUCACUUUUAUGGAAAAGAGCAGCUUGGACAUUCUGCAUAGCAUCUUCUUUUGGGUUUCAUGGAAGAAAGUGGAAAAAAUGAAGUUGGAACAACAUAAUAGGGAGUAAACGCUGACAAAAUGUUGACAAAAUUGUUGAGCCAACUAUUCCCUUAAAAACUGACAUGUGAGUAUUGUUACCUGUAUGUUAGCCAUGCCAUGCCUACACCUCAUUUCCAGAUAAAUGCAUGGCUUUGAUAUGCCUUGUCGGUGGUCUGAAAUGUACACAACACUGGUUUAUCUCACAGCGUAAGGCUUUAAAAAAAAAACACUCCUGGCAUUUCUGCACUGUUUUCCUGAGCCCUCUGUUUCUUUACUGUCCUCUGAUGUUAAUUUAGCCGUUUUGUUUGGAUUUAAGUUAUGAAUAAAGCUUUUAUUGCACAGAACUGUUUAUAUUAAAAAUGCACUACAUAAAGAAUGUCAUCUUCCCAUGCACAACGGUCUGACUUUGUGAAAUAACUGAAAUAACAUCAGAAAAGAGACUCUUCCUACAGGGGACCAUUUUGUGACCUGAUAUGUAUUUGUGUCAUAGUUUGGUGUUGUGGGGGGUGUCUUUUUCUGUAAUGUUCCUCUUCUAUCCCCACCCCCCUUCCUUGAGAAGAUUUUGUUUCAGUUGAUCAUCUUUGGCUGAUAUUGAAUUUCUAGGAACAGAGGAGCUUACGGUAUUGUCAAAUGGCAAAACUUUGCUUUGUAAGUAACUUUAGGAGAUGUUCAGGGUAUAGUGAUUUUUGGACUGCGGUUUAUGUAUAGUUCACCAAGGAGUAUGAUUGCCAUGGAGAGGGAGGGAUUUGGGGGCGUAUCAGCCAAUCUGCUGGUUCGUAAUUAUACCUAAACCGUACUAUAGUGCCCCAAACCUUCACAUAUGAUGUAAACAUGAAGGUGACCGUUUUGUAUGUAUAUAAAUAAAUAAAUAAUGAGUCUAAGAUGAAAAUUACAGUUGAUAUUCCUAGUCAAGUCUAUAAUGGUAUAUAAAGAAACCCCAACUUUGUUGGACUAUGUAGCAUCUUAAUAAAUUAAAUCAAUAAAGCCCCAGACCAAAA